AUGAAAUGGCCCCUGCGACAAUUCCUCUGCUUCAGCAUAGCACUCUUCCUCCCCCUCCUUCUCCUGGACCUCCAUCUCCGGGAUCUAUGCGACCAGUACCAGGCCAAGCGAUAUGCCAUCGACUGGUUCAACUCUUGGUCCACCCCAGCAGGACCGCCAAGGAAUAUGACAGAAGACUACGGUGACAAGGUGAUAGUCGUCGCCAAACUACAGGAGGAAAACACCGAGUGGAUCGAGCAAGAACUGCCCGACUGGCAACGGGCCAUAUACAUUGUAAACCCCUCCCAAGAAGCCGUGGCCGACACCCAGCAGCUCAAAACCCCGCUCAACAAGGGCCACGAAUCCAUGGCCUAUCUGACCUAUCUGAUCGAGCACUACGAGCACCUGCCCUCGACCAUCGUCUUCCUGCACGCGCAUCGCUCGGGGUUCUUCCGGGCGUGGCACGUCGACGCCCCGUUACACGACAACGUCUGGUCCAUGCGAGCGUUACGAGUUGACUUUGUCCAGCAGAAUGGCUACGUCAACCUGCGAUGCAACGCGAAUCCGGGAUGCGUGAGGACCGCAUACCCCAACGGCCAUCUGACCCCCCAGAUCUUCAGGGAGGUCUUCAGGAAUACAAGCACACCGCCUGCAGAUGACGACGACGACACGGGGGUCAUCAUGAUGCCCCAACCGAGCAACGGGGAGAAGGCUUUUCAGAUUCCGGUCCGGAUUGCGGCGCCGUGCUGUGCGCAGUUUGCGGUGUCCCGACAGCGGGUGCUGGAGAGACCCUGGGAUGACUACGUGAAGAUCCGACAAUGGGUCAUCGAGACGGAUCUGGACGAUGCGCACAGCGGCCGGGUGAUGGAAUAUCUUUGGCAUAUUAUUUUUGGCAAAGAACCCGUGUAG